AUGGUUUUUCGAAUUGAAGUAAAUCUUGGUAAUCGAUUUCUUCUGUUGAAAACAAUGAAACGUAGAUUUGGGAAUAUUCAAACCUCAAAUUUAUUUAGUAUGAAUACCACUACACCAAAGCAUAUUAGACAUUGUCAAAAAUUCUGUACAUUUUGUAGUCCAGAACGAUAUACAAUUAUGAUACAUAAUGAAAAUGUCAAUCAGAUUCAUUAUACAAUGUGUCCUUAUGAUGAAUUACUCAUCAUGGCGAAAUCAAUACGUACAAGUUUAGUUCCUGAUACUGGUGGGAAUAAUAAUUGUCUGAAGAUUUUAGUUUUAUCAAUAACUUGUGGUAAACUUUCCAACUUUACCAAAUGUAAUCCCGUCCUUAUAACUCCAGUUACCAACAUUAACAACAACAACAACGACAAUAACACCGGCAAAAAUGAUUCAACAAAACAGACCAACUCAAAAACUCCUCAAAAUACAACUGUUUCCAUAAAUAUUCAAACAUUGAACAAGUCAGUUAAACGUAGACGUCAUCAUAAACCUGACUCUAAACAGUCGAAAACAAAAUCCAAUUGGGGUAUUAUUAAUAUCCCGCCAACAUGUGAAAAUAUACAUUCAUCAAAUGUCUUGAUUGAGUUAAACAAAUCAUCAUUGAACAAUGUUACAAUGGAGGAUGGAAAAAAGAAUCUCUAUUCUACUGCUAAUGAUAAUCGUCAAGAUUGCCAUAAUUAUUGUUAUUAUUACUAUUACUAUUAUUGUUAUCAUUAUUAUUAUUCACUGCAAAAAGUUCCAUAUUACAAAUCUUUAUGGCAUGAAAAGAUAUUAGAUGUUACGUCAAAGGAUGCUGAUGUGAGUCAGUUAAAAGAGAAGAAUAAUUGCAAUGUUGUUUAUGGUCACAAUAAUACUAGUCAAUAUGCUAAAGAAAAGUAUACCGAAAAAGUGGUGAAAGUAGCAACAGAAAAUGAUACAGACAAUGAAGUAAUGCGAUAUAUGACACAAUCUGAUUUGAUUAAAAGCUAUGCUCAAAUACAAACAAGAAGCCAGAGAUCGACAAAGUUGAAAAGUGGAAUACUGCCAAUGGUAAAUUCACGUCCUCCAGAACCUGUUGGAUGUCAACUGCUGGAAAUGACUACAGCACCUGUAUCAAAAGUAUUGUAUCUACAGAACACAGGAAAUCAGAGUAUUCCUAUUCCCAGUGCAAAAAGAAAACCAGAAGACAUAACAAAAGCUCCACUGAAUACAACUACACAUUAA